AUGGAUUCAGUUCUUCUGCACGGAGAAGCCGAAGGUUAUAUUCAGAGUCUGGAGAAGAUGGCAUUGCGAGACAUCGGAAGCCAAAGGUGGUUUCGCCAGCAUGAGUACAUCGAGAAGCUGAAUAUGCAAGCUAUUCUGAAUGCCAGUGCCAAUCAGGAGGAAUUCAUAAAAGACCUCUUUGUUUCUCUUGGAAAGAUACCCACACUGGUGCAUGCAAUGAUACUCACAGAAAUCUGGAAACAUAAAGUGUUUCCCAUAAUUUGCAAACUCCAGGACUUUAAUACAAAAAGCACAUUUCUUCUCUACAUGGUGAUCCACCAUGAAGCUACCAUCAUAAACCUGCUGGAAACAAUCAUGUACCACAAGGAGUCCAGCGAGGCUGCUGGUGAUAGUGUACUUGAUUUACUGGAUUACUGUCAUCGUAAACUCACACUCCUGGCAGGACGCUCUGUUUCUGGACAGAUCCUGACGGAGGACCGAGUUACACACACACAGCAGUCAGACACAACAUCUUUACAAGACCUGCAAAGACAAAGUGACAUGUUAGAGUUUGAAAUCUCUGUCAAGGCUCUGUCAGUAUUGUGCUCCAUCACCGAUCACAUUGAGAGUUUGAGUGUGAGUGUGCUCUCGAGGAUGCUGUGCACUCAUAAUAUGCCCUGUGUGCUGGUACAAUUGGUGGAAAAUUGCCCCUGGAACAGAGGAACACUGGAGAAAUACACCGAGGGGAAGUGGAGACCCGUCCUGCCUGAAGAUCAGCUAAAGCUGAGUAAACACGACGGCCAGGUGUGGAUGGCUUUACUGAACCUGCUCCUCAAACCAGACUGCCAGAGGAAAUACGAUUUCAAUAGCUUUAACAAAACACAGCUCUUAAAGCUUCGAGGGUUUCUGACAGACGUUGUUAUAGAUCAGCUACCGAAUCUACUUGAUCUCAGGCAUUUUCUCAGUCAUCUCGCUCUCACAGAUCCAGCGGCCCCUAAAAAAGAUCUCAUCUUGGAGCAGGUGCCAGAGAUAUGGAAUGAUAUUGUAACGGAGAAUAGCAGCAAGUGGAAAGCCAUUGCUAAACACCAAGUGACACAUGUUUUCAACCCCUCUGAAAGUGAAUUAAGAGAGCAAGCUAGCAGGUUGGCUCAAACAUAUAAUCUAGAUGUGAUGGAGAAUCUAAUCCCAGAGAAACCCAAGUGUGGAGCAUGUGGAAGAGUGGGCGCUAAACGCUGCUCCCGCUGUCAGGGAGAGUGGUAUUGCAACAGAGAGUGUCAGGUGAAACACUGGCCCAAACACAAGCCUGCAUGCAAACUCAUGGCAGAGGCCAUAGAAAAACCUCAGGAGGAACUGAACAUCAGCAGCUGAAGUACAUCUGGGAGAGA